CCCAGGGAGGGGGAAAGAGGGCGGGGGCCGGGAGUGAGGGGAGCAUCCGUAGUGGAGGUGCUGCCGAGCGCGCGCACAUAAAUAUCUGACACAGCGAGCGCGAGAGGCAGCGCCGAGCAUCUUCCCUCCCUCCCCUCACCGCAGGAUCCGGAGAGGCAGCGCGAGCGAGCGGGCGGGCGCCCCAAACAAAGCAAAAAAGAUGGCAGGGAUCCUGGCGUGGUUCUGGAACGAGCGCUUCUGGCUGCCCCACAAUGUCACCUGGGCGGACCUGAAGAGCACCGAGGAGGCCACCUUCCCUCAGGCGGAGGACCUCUACCUCGCCUUCCCCUUGGCCUUCGCUGUCUUCAUGGUCCGCCUGGUCUUCGAAAGGUUUAUAGCAAAGCCAUGUGCCUUAGGCCUAAAGGUUCAGGCCAAUGGACCACAAAAGGCUCAGCCUAAUGCUAUUCUUGAAAAAGUCUUCACUGCGAUUACAAAGCAUCCAGAUGAGAAGAGGCUUGAAGGGUUGUCCAAGCAGCUGGACUGGGAUGUUCGCAGUAUUCAGCGUUGGUUUCGGCAAAGACGUAAUCAAGAAAAGCCAAGCACUCUUCGAAGGUUCUGCGAAAGCUCGUGGAGAUUUACAUUUUAUCUUUAUAUAUUCACUUAUGGAUCCCGACUUUUGAAAAAGAGUCCAUGGCUGUGGAACACAAGGCAGUGCUGGAUUGGGUACCCAACUCAGCCACUAAUGCCCGAGGUUCAUUACUACUAUAUAGUUGAACUGUCAUACUAUUGGUCCGUAAUGUUUUCUCAGUUCAUUGACAUCAAAAGAAAGGACUUUGGCAUCAUGUUUACGCAUCACAUUGUAACAGUCAUUUUGCUAACCAUCUCCUACACAGUUAAUUUCACACGGGUGGGGACCCUGACUCUUUGUCUUCACGAUGCGGUGGAUGUUGUGCUGGAGGCAGCAAAAAUGGCAAACUACUGCAAGUUUCAAAAACUGUGUGACUUCCUCUUCCUCAUGUUUGCUGUUGUUUUCAUCAUUACAAGGCUUGGAAUAUAUCCUUUGUGGAUAUUGAACACAACAAUGUUUGAACUUCCUGAAAUUGUCGGUGGCUUUCCUGCCUUAUCAAUCUUUAUAAUUUUACUACUGAUACUUCAAGUUCUUCACUGUUUUUGGUCCUACCUAAUAGUAAAGGCUGCUUAUAAAGCUAUUUCGAAAGGCAAGGCUGGGAGGUGGAACCCUUUGCAUGCGAGGGAUGACCGGAGUGACGUCGAGUCUAGUUCAGAUGAAGAAACCUCAGUCCCUCAUUCAAAGAAUCCCCAUAAUUCUGCUACUACCAAUGGGACAAGUGGAACGAACGGAACAAACGGGUACCUCACCGGUGGCAAUUCUGCAGAGGAACACUAGUUCCUGGGCCACACACUGAGACACGAACAAAAUGAACUGUUUGCUACUGAAAGUAAAUAAGUUGUGAAUGCUGGGUUUUGAUUUUUUUCCACCUCUUUCUUCCUUUCUUCCUUCUUUUUCUCAAAAUCAGAGAAAAAAAAACACACACACGCACUUGGAGUAUUUAAAAGCUUCUGAUAGCGCACUGCCGUAUUUCCUGUUUGUGAAUGACAGCGCCACACCAUUUUAUGUAUGUAGGCAUGCUGUAUGUAUAUAUACAUGACUAGAUGGGAGCAGUAUUUUUUUCUGUAAUCCUUGGACAUUAUUUUAUAUCUUGUUGGGCGGGGACUUGGAAGAUGAAAUUAACUUCUUCUAGGUCUCUUUGGACUUCAUCAGUUCAAGAUACUAUCAAAUAAAAGAUACGUAUAUUUUCUGUGCUUGAUUUCUACCACCAGAAUGUAAUAUUAUAGGCACCUGCCUAAUUUCUCUUACAACAAAGGUAGAAAAGUUUCACCUCCCAUUCUAGAUCUGUUUUUCCCUUCCUUUUUUUCUUUUUUGCUGGACCUCUUUUUUCUUGCCUAUUUGCUGAAGGAUCCUGACUUUAGAAAUUGCCAGCACAAUCACAGUGAUAAUUUCUUCCCCUGGUGUGAAACUUUAAAAUGGUGCAUUUGUUUUUUAAAUUGCUACUGGUGGGGUCAAAUCGAUUAUACAAAUUAAACCACAGAUACUGUAAAAGAAGAUAUGUUAGCAUUGUUUUAAACACCAAAAUUGGUGGCAAGUCGGAUUAGAACCUGCUGUUUGUACAAAUGUCCAAACUAUGUUUACACCAAACGUGAUGACCUCAAUUUGUAGACGGGUCCUGCCUUUCAGAUUUAACCUCUGUUUAAUUUAAACUUCUUGUGUAGAUUUCAUUUUGAUGCCUUUUUAUUUUAUGUAUCAGAAAAAUAUGUUUACUUGACCCCCAUAGUCAUGUAUGCAAAAGUUGAUAUAGAAGAAGUGUCAAGAAAACAAUUGCUCACUAAAAAUAGGAUUGCCCAGAAAGGAUUGGAAAAAGACUGGAAUGUUUGAGGCCUAAUUCUUUCAGAUAGUGUUUUCAAACCUGCAUAACUUCAGACUUAAAUGUGGGGAUUCAGUUGGUUUAAUACUGUGCCAUACAAAAAAUAUUCCAUGUACAUAGGAGUCAUAGUAGGAUGUUCUAGCCUAGGACUGUCUCCUGACAUAUUAGUUUAUGUCCAGGGUCUUUUUGGUAUCAUGUGUCUCUUCCAAACACAUGAGUGUGGUAGAAUACAGACUCUCAUGACAUUUGUGAGAAUUUGGCCUCUUUCUGCUGCCUGAUGUGUAUUUCAAGUUUAUGCAACGCUCUCCUGACUUCCAAAGAGCCAGAAGUUGGAAAGUUAACUCCUGGCAUAGUACAUACAGUAUAGGGUUACAAAAGGCUCCUGUGCCUUUAAUUGUCAUGUACAAGAGGGAAUUUCAGCUAGCUUGUUACCUGGUUGUUUGAGAAGUAACACCUGUUGAAUUCUUUCUUCUACACAACUAUUAAAGAUACAAGCACCCUCCCCAGUCUGGAACCCUAAGCCAGUAUGUCUGUUGUCCAAUCUUAGGCAAUGGCACAGCCCAAUAAGCAACCCACUUAUGCUUUUGCUUUUGAUAUUUUGUGUACAUGGGGUAACCUGGGUGGCUCAUGUUCAUGGGGUUUAAGGUGCAGUCUUAGUUCUUCUGCAUAACAUACUAUUGUUCCUGCAUCAUUCCACGCAUUCUGAUAGACGCACCCAUAGGCCUCAUAGCAGUCUCUUCACAUAGUUUUUGUGGGAGGCAAGCCACAUUCAUUAACCCACAACAUUGCCACUUUUGGUAUCAUUCAGCCCAGGCUAGGAACAUGAAAACCUACUGGAUACAUGUACUACAGGAUGGAUCAAUAACAAGCAUCCAGCCCUAUUAAUGACUAGUAAAACGAGCACUAGCAGUAACCUAGGUUGUUUCCAUAUUGCAGAAUUAUAGUAAUGUUGACACCACAUUGACUGCCAUGGCUCCGUGCUACGGAAUUCUGGAAUUUGUAGUUUUGUGAGAUAUUUACCUUUCUCUGUCAGAGAGCUCCAGUGCCACAAAAACCUACAAAUCCCGGGAUUCCUUAGGAUGAGAUGGCAGUUCAAGUGGUGCUGAACUUUUAUAAUUCUGCAGUGUGAACAAUCUUAUCAGACUUCUUUACUUUUCUAAAGGAAAUCCGCUCAAAUAACAUGCAGCAAAAAGAGCAUUCAGGAUUUUUAAAAAUUACUUGUCUUGAGAUUGAUUUUCCCUGAAGAUACUUGCAAACUACUAUUCUUAAUACAGAAGGAACUUCUGUCCUUACCAAAGCAAAUGUCAGAAGAAGAGAAAAUUCAUCUAAUAAUUUGAAAUUGUUGCUUUUCACACUACAGCUUCCAGACUCCAACCAGCCUGGCCAACAGCCAAGAUAGCUGGGGAAUCUUGGGAGCUGUAAUCUAAAGAUAAUGUUUGCUAGCCCUGGUAUCUUUGCCCAGUAGUAUUCUGUUACUACUAGGUAGUGAUGUAAUAUAUAUGCCAGGUAAUACACUGGAAAGAUGGUAAUACACACAGAGUAGAACAGCCUGCUCACAAUCUGAAGAAAUUGUUUUCAACCACAAAUCUCUUUUGCUACUGGACAUCUGCUAUAAUUCAGAUGUCCUUAAAAUGGUUAAAUCUAAUACAGUAUUUUGUCAAUGUAUACAAAAGAGACUUUAGAAAUGGAAAUAAAGUAUCUCUGAGUUCCAUUUCAGCCAUCCAUUCUACUGACUGUUUUUGAAGCUAACAUACCCCUCCCAUAUUGGGUUUUUGGUUUUGGUAACGUGCAUACAAGUUCCCAUUUCAAUUUGCCGUGUUUUCAAAAACAUUCAAAAAUUUUAGAACCAGAAUGCGUUGAGUCAAGAUUUCAUAUGUUAACACUUAUUACUUUAAUAUAUGGAAAUUCACUGGAUCAAUUGCUUAUUUAGUAAAGUUUAAAACAAAACAGCACAGUUGUGCAAAUCAGCUCUGUAGAAAUGCCAUUGUGGAAAAAUAGAAUGAAAGGUACUCAUGGAAUAAGGGGAAUAAAAGUCAUUAGGCCUUUCAGUUCUUUUGCGCUGUUAAUUGUACUUUGGUGGGAAAGGGAAGUAUAAAGCAAUACUAACACUUAUUAUUGCCAAAUUCUAAUCAUCCAGGUGUUUUGGACUUCAGCUUCCAGAAUUCUCAGCUGCCUUGGCUGAGGGAUUCUGGAAGCUGAUAUCUAAUAUACCUGGAAGUCUAGAGUUUGGGAAACACUGAGUUAGAGAUAACUAUGCUAUCAUUCAGGAUUUAGUUCAUGCUUCUAUGGCUAUGGGUGUGCUACAGGUGUAGAAGACAGGUGGAAAUCCAUCCACUCCAUCUUUGAAUUUCGUGUUAAUAGGCAAGCUCUGCAGUGAGGAUAUGGAGGUACAGCUAUAGUUGAGUGCCAAAUUCUCAGUUCCUGAGCUGAUGGAAAUGAUAAUAAUGUCCUCCCAACUACAGUGACAUCCUCACUUAAGUAUUUUCCUAUCAGCAAAGUAUAAUUGUGAUGGGUGGUUGGAAAUUAUCUACACUCACUUUUGUCUUAACGUACACCAAACAUUUUGGUCAUGAUUAAGCAUCUGGAGCUAGUCUGGAGUCCCUUAUGCAUCAGGAAACCUGACUGAAUUGGGGUCUCUGCACUGGCAUGAAUUAAGGUAUUCUAUGUGAGUUGUAAUUUCAAAAAAAGGGGGGACACACCAGCAGCUUAUAUUUAAUUAUCUUUUGACAAAAAGGGCAGGAUUUCCAAAUUGCUUUGAGGUGUUGUGUAGGGAGGAUUUCUGAAACAGGUUUGGUUUUCCCAAUAUUAUUGUAAAGGGACUGUGUAUCUAUUAGUUGUGCUCAUGCCGAUGCAGUCAGAGCUUAGAAAAUAGACUUAGUGGGAGGAAGGCUCCCAAGUGUUGCUUUGGGUAAUACAGAAAAUAGUUACAAAGCAUACUGUGAUGUAACCCAAUAUAUGGAGCUUAAUGUAAGAGAUUUAUGCUUCUUAUGUCAUAGCCAUUCUGCAGGUGGAUUCCUUCUUCAGGGAAGGUUUGUCCACUCUUUCCAGUGAUCUGAAGUAAACAGAGGUGGGCAUGUGAGUGCAUAAGAUCAGACUUUGCCUCCCAGAGUAGUAUGUAUUCUAGGAACUGAAUCUUCUAGAUACAGUUUGCAUUUCCUAUAUUAGUAUUUUCAGCCUUUUGUGUGUGUGUGUGUUAAGAUCUUAGUAAAAAGCUCUUUGGUUCCUUUUUAGCACUAGAGUAAGAGAUGCAGUGGCUGGAAUGUGUAGAAUAGGGAAAAUAAGAAAUGCAGUGUGUGGAAGGUAGUAGCUAGACUGAAUGUUUUAUUACUCAGCCAUGAGAUAGUGAAGUAAGAUCCAUAGUCGUGUGCAUUUAUUCUCUUUUAAGUAUUGACAUGAGACACACUAAAAGAAGACAAUGUGUGUGUUUGUAUAAAAAAAUAGAUAUAGCCACUUGAGGAUGGGAAUGUGGGAUAUAUUUGCAAUCUCCAUCCAAACUGGUGUGCCAGAUUGAAAAUGCCAAAAAGAGACAAAUAUAAGUUUGUCUUUGUUGCCACUUUGAGGUUGUUCAACAUAUUGCAUUCAUUUCUUGUCCAUAGCACAGUUUUCAGUUUCUGUAUGUUUGCAUCAGAGGGCUGGUUCACAUAAGCUGUAGUGUGGAGAGACAAUCCCACAUGCCUUGGGGUUCAUGUAUACUCCUCCACUACAGUCACAAUAUUUAAAAUGAUCAGUGUGACCCAGGACCCAUAAGCAUAUGUAAGUAGGAUUAGUUUGCACUAUCCAUGAAUCAGACCUCUACAGGUUGCCUUACCCAGGCUGCCUGUCCACCAUAACUAUUUUGGUGUUUUGUUUUGUUUUUGCGAUGCACUUAGGUGAAACUUCCUUGUAUGCUUGGUUCACAUUGAAGGUCCUACAUGCAAUGACAUAUAAGGAGCAGGACUCCAAAAUUAUCUUUCUAUCCCAUCACUUGGGGAGUGUAAAUCAGAGAUGAGGCACAAGUGACUUGUCAGAUGAUGGAUUGCAACUCCCAACAGUCCUAGCCAGCAUAUCCAAAGGUAAAGCCUGACAGGCGAUGCAGUCCAACAAUAUCUAACAGACACAAGCACAUAGAGGCCGGUGUUUUUUAUGAACUAAGAAGUUAUUUUCUCAUGAACAUGCUGACUGAAAGUUAGUUGCUAAUGAUAUUAAGCUACAUGCACAAAUAGCUUCUCUUACAGAACAUUUGCAACUUUCCCCUGUGCUAUCCUGGGUUCAAAAUGGUUUCCUUAGAGCUGGCAUCUGUUGUAAUGGAUCUGCAGGGAACUAAUGAACAUCUAACCCCAGAAAGGUAAGUUUAGUAUUAUAGCCAAAGUGAGCAAAGUGCAGCCUAUUAGAUGUUUCUGAACUGAAUCUCCCAACAUUCCUCCCCAUGGUUGAUACUGGCAAGGACUGGUGGGAUUUCCAAUCUUAACUAAUUAUAGAGGAGCCCACUUAUCAACUCUCAGAUUUAGAGGACAAGUGGGAUAAUCACGUCUUAACAUAUCACCAGUAUGUGACAAUAUAUAGCCACAGAAUGAUUAUGAAGGUCCUUCAUGAGGCAUAUGUCAAAGAGAUGUCUCUCCUUUCGGAUCAUUCCACAGUGGAGCUGAGCAUGUUCUAAUAAGCAGGAAACUGUCUUAUUUGUGGUUGGAUGUACCUGUGUGUUGCUGUAUUUUGCAAUAAACUUUGGGCAGAUUGUUGUGUAACCCAAUGCAAACGUGUUCCGAAUGUCUUACAUUGAACACAGGAAAGCAUUGGUUGCUCAGCAGUCUAAUAGUUUCAGGUUGAUCAUCCUUUCUGCCAUUCACUUGGGCAGUUGGUUUGGAAUAUAGGGCUAAAUAUAUUCACAAUUCUCGUCUCAAAAAUGCAUAACACAACAUUAACUUGAGCUCUCUGGAAUUCCCAUAGAUGUGUGGAUUUCUUUCAUCACCCUCUCCACAUUGUUAAUAUUAUGUAUUUAUUUUUAUUUAAAGAGUGCCUGGUAAUAUAUUUACUCUUGUAUUUCUUGACUAUUUCCAAUAAUAAACAACAGCAGUUCUAUAUAAUAUUGUGACCAAAUCUGCAGCAUUCAACAUUGAGUUGCUUUGACAUCACAGACCAGAACUUCAGAGACUCUUAUUAUAAACCAGUGGUGUGUUACUUGGACAUGCUGUUGACUGCACUUUGAUUUGCUUUUGAUUCAACCAGGAUGUAGCUGAAAAUGCCGCUUUCUGCUUCUCCUUUUUUUAAAAUAGCUAUAUUGAGAUUUUGAUAAAGUUACCUAGUCCAUUUUUAAUUGCAAGAAGUUAGGGUUAUAAUGACAAGGAAAACUGGAAUUCUUGACUCUACUUGCAUAAGUUAGAAAUGGCCUCCACAAAUUUUAAUGGAGGAAAAUGGGUGUCAGUAUUUUGAUAGUGUUAUUUAUUGUAACCUUCAUUCUAAGCCUAUGCUUUAGUGAUAAAAUAUAUCAACUUGAAGCAUUAAUGAUCGUCUCAAAAGGAAGUAGGGUAUACACCAAAUUGGUAAGUUUGAUGGGGUUGUGCAACGUUCUCAAUCGCAUCCAUCAUCCCCAGCUCUGUAUGGUGGUUAGCUUUAGCAGGUCAGGUCAGGACAAAAUGGUGCAAUUUUUCACCUGUGUUUUUUCAAGACAAUCCAGCAGUUUGAGCAACUCUUGGAACUAUGUUAACUAUACUGAUAUAUUCCACUGUCAGAAAUACCGCUAUGUGUUUAGCCUUGGAUUUUGCUUCUGUUACUAUUGUUUUCUCUUUUUUCUUUCCUGAAAUACAGAAAUUACAGUUCUUCCUGGAAUAUUUGGAACCAAUCAAUAUUGUGAAUUUUGAUUUGAAAACACUUUCAUAAUAAACACUAAGUAUUAGGAAAA